AGGAGAAUCCGCAAGAUGGAUUCUUGAACAUGUGGAAAUCGAUAGGAUGAUGGAUGUUCCUAUCAACGAUCAAGAAACCAACAUGAAUGCCUUAUUACCACCAAAAGGAUCUAAUGAUGUCAGUGUUAAGCCUUCAGGUUCGGGAAAUAAUUACGGAAAGCCUUCAGGUAAUCCUGGAAAGCAAUCUUCAACCAAUCCUGGUAAACAUUCAGGUAAUCUUGGGCAUUCCUUUAGGAGGAGUACAAGUAAUUUUGGUGAAUCCCUUCGGAGAACUACAACCAAUGUAUUGAGGAAAAGUGGUGUUUUAGCUCCAACUCUGCCUCGGAAGGUGGAAAGAACUGCAUCGUCUGCCGCGAGAGGGCUUAAGAGCCUAAGGUUUCUUGAUAGAACAGUGACAGGGAAAGAAAUGGACGCCUGGAGAUCCAUUGAAAAACGUUUUAUUCAAUUUGCAGUUGAUGAUAGGCUGCCAAGAGACAAAUUCGGAGCUUGCAUAGGGUUGGGAGAUUCAAAGGAAUUCGCAGAAGAAAUAUUCGACGCCAUUGCAAGGCGCAAGAAUAUAAGCACAGGAAACGGAAUAACAAAGGAUCAACUGAAGCUGUUUUGGGAAGACAUGACUAAACAAGACCUUGAUGCUAGACUACAAAUAUUCUUUGACAUGUGCGAUAAGAAUGGAGAUGGAAAGCUAACAGAGGAGGAGGUGAAGGAGGUUAUACUGUCGAGUGCCUCGGCAAAUAAGCUGACGAAUCUUAAACAACAAGCACAAUCAUAUGCAUUCUUAAUCAUGGAAGAACUCGACCCGGAUCAUCUUGGAUAUAUUGAGGUAAUUAUUUCAAUUUGCCAGAACUCUUCCUUAAUGUUUUCAGAAUAUAUGUUUAAUGAACAUUUCUGUAUUGAGCAGAUGUGGCAGCUAGAAAUUCUACUAAGAGGAAUGGUAAACAAUGAUGAUAAAGUCCAGAAAUUGGACAGAAAAACUCAAACUCUGACAAGAGCAAUGAUCCCCAAAAGAUAUAGAACUCCUGUCAGUAAAUGCAUUACUUUAUCGACAGAAUUUGUCCAUGAUAAUUGGAUGAGAAUUUGGGCUAUCACUGCUUGGUUAGCCAUAAACUUGAUCCUUUUUAUGUGGAAGGUUGAAGAGUACAAACAUUCAUCCGUUUUCAAAAUCACAGGCUAUUGCGUCUGUUUGGCGAAAGGUGCUGGCGAGACUCUUAAGUUCAACAUGGCUCUUAUUCUUGUUCCUGUUUGUAGAAGAACUCUUACUAAGCUUAGAUCAACCAUUCUAGGAAAAUUCAUACCUUUCGACGACAAUAUAAACUUUCACAAGAUGAUUGCAGUGGCUAUAUCAAUUGGUACUGUUAUUCAUGUGAUGGCACAUUUGGCUUGCAAUUUUCCUCUAUUGAGUUCAUGUCCUAAUCAAAAAUUCAUGGUGCUACUUGGACCUAUUUUAAACUAUCAACAACCAAGUUUUGGAUACUUAAUGGAAAGUACAGUAAGCAUAACUGGGUUCUUGAUCAUGUUUAUUAUGGGGUUCUCAUUUACGCUUGCGACACAUUCUUUUCGGAGGAGUGCUAUCAAUUUACCAGGGGCAUUUCAUAGUUUGGCAGGGUUUAAUGCCUUCUGGUAUGCACAUCAUUUGCUCGUUGUGGCAUAUAUCCUCCUUAUUUUACAUGGCUACUUCCUAAUUUUUGAUAGACCUUGGUAUUUGAAGACGACAUGGAUGUAUGUUCUUGUACCAGUAUUGGGUUAUGCAAUUGAAAGAAUCUUUUCACGAUACGAACAUAAUCUUCAAGUUGAUGUUAUUAAGGCAGUAAUUUAUUCAGGAAAUGUUCUAGCACUCUACAUGACUAAACCUCCAGGAUUCAAGUACAAAAGUGGAAUGUACCUUUUUAUCAAGUGUCCUGACAUAUCGAAAUUCGAAUGGCAUCCAUUUUCCAUCACUUCUGCACCAGGAGAUGAUUACUUGAGUGUCCAUAUACGAACCUUGGGAGAUUGGACCAGGGAGCUUAAUAACAGAUUUGAAAAGAUAUGUGAGCCCCCACCUAAAACACCAAGAAGAGGAAACCUAAUGAGAAGAGAAACUAUAGCAUUAUCAGGCGUAAACUAUGAUGAAAUACAAGCAACAUUUCCAAAUAUUAUCCUCAAGGGACCCUUUGGAGCCCCAGCUCAAAGUUAUAGCAAGUUUGAUAUCCUCUUACUUAUAGGUCUAGGAAUUGGAGCAACUCCAUUUAUCAGCAUUGUAAAGGAUCUCCUUUAUCACAUGAAGGAGAACGAAUCAAACGAUCAUAACACAGAACACGCAUUGGAGUCGGCUAGAAAAUGUCCCGAAAGAGCAUAUUUCUACUGGGUAACUAGAGAACAAAGCUCCUUUGAAUGGUUUAAGGGUGUCAUGGAUGAUAUUGCAGAUUUUGAUCACAAUAACGUGAUAGAAAUGCACAACUACUUGACAAGUGUGUAUGAAGAAGGUGAUGCAAGGUCUGCACUUAUUGCCAUGAUACAGAAAUUGCAGCAUGCAAAGAAUGGAAUGGACAUUGUGUCCGAGAGUCGGAUAAAAACACAUUUUGCGAGACCCAAUUGGAAAAAAGUAUUUUCUCAACUGGCAAAUGAACAUCCAUCCUCGCGGAUAGGUGUCUUCUAUUGUGGAAGUAUAACUCUUGCCAAACCACUAAAGAAACUUUGCCAAGAAUUCAACCUGAAUUCAACAACUCGAUUCCAAUUCCACAAGGAGAACUUUUAGAACUAGCAAAUUGAUUAAAUUGUAGUGCAAAAAUCAUGUAUAUAACCUUAGCCAGAUUGAUUUUACCUUAGAAUUUUCUAUGGAUUUAGACAACUUUUGCAAAACAGUUUUUAGUUUUUGCAAUGUUCUUUUAGCAUUUCUUUCCAUUCUCAUACCUAACCUUUUAAAAUUUCUAAUUAUCUUUUGUUUCUAUUAUUAUGUGCAUCUCAAUUGUUCUUGUUUUUUUUUUCUUACUUCUACCUUUAUUAGGUGGCUUUUUUUGCCUUAUGUUAUCACAUCAGAAAUUUCUAGUCAACUUUUUCUGUUAUUUUGAUUCGGAGAGAUUGAUAUUGGUAGCAGAAAUAAUCUUUGACCUACUAAUUUCCUUAUCCUUGUUCUGCUAUUCUAACACAAUGCUAUAUUAGUGCCAGUUCUUGAUCUUUUCCAACAGAACAUGAUCUUGUGCUAAGAGGGGUUCCUCUUAUAAGAUUGGAAUAUUCCAUUGAAUUUUUA